AUGAAAAUAAGUCGAGAUUUUUCCCAAACAACAAUAGAACGCAUAUCUCGUAAAAAGUCUUCCAAACGAUUGUAUUCUGAAAAACAAAACAUUAAACAACAUCUUCAUUUGAAUCGAUCAAAACGACGACGUUCGAAAAGAAUGCAAUCUAAUGUUAUACAUCAAUUAAGUUCGAAUCGUGAUUUUUCUUCUAAUGUAUCAAGAUAUCGUCGUUCAGCAUUAUCAUCGAAUAUGAGUCAAACGCUCAUCAAUUGGAAACAAAAUAAUAUUAAUAAUAAUAUACAAGAUAAUCGAAUCUCUACACCAACAAAAAAAGAAAAAAAUCAAUUAAUUUUAUCUAAUCUUGUUCGAGAUUGUCUUCCUAUUAACUCAAUUAUCAAUUCAACAACAUAUUUUGAUAUGUCUAAUACUCAUCGAUUCUUAAGUCGUAAUCAUCAAAUAAAUCCUAUUAACAGUGAAGUUUUAUUUAAAGAUGAUUUUAUACUACAUACUGAUGAAAGGAAUCGAAAAAAAAAGAAGAAAAAAAAAUUUAAUCUAUCGCUUUGUAAACUUAGUUUGUGUAUUCUUAUUUUAUUCUUAAUUAUUGGAUGUAUUAUUGGUGUAGUCAUAUAUAUUCAACAGAUACAAACACAACUACUUUAUCGUCAAGUAAGCAUGUUCAAUGAUCUUAUAGCUAUUGCAAAUAAAAUCUCUUUGACAGCUGUAACAACCACUACUCAAAUUUCUAUAUGUACAACUGGUGGUAUUACGUGUCCAACACCAAUAUUGUCUUGGAGUAGAACAAAUAACUGUACCAGAUCAUCAUCAUCAUAUGUUUAUUAUAGUUGUUGUUAUCUAGCAGUAUCAACUCAAUUGACAAUUCAAUUUCAACUUCAAGAACAAGUUAGUCAUUGGUAUAUCGAUGAGGUCAGUAUGAUACAGAGUAAUGGUGAACUUAUAAUUAAUGGUGGUUUUGAAUCGAAUUUAACCGGAUGGACAGUGAUACCUUCAACGAAUCUUUCAGUAACAUCUUACGCACAUGUUGCACCAGGUGCAGCACGUUUUGGUUCAGCGUAUCUUUAUUCAGAAGCAGUGUCUGGACCCGAUUAUAUAAAACAAACUUUUAAUGUUGUUCAAGGUCAAAAUGUGAAUGUUAGUUUCUGGUGGUUAGAUGAAGGUGGUGUGGGUGGUGCAAAUGAUAUAUGUGAAGGAAUUGUAACACUUACUCCUUAG